UCUCAAACAAGGAAGUUAUUGGGUCCGUUAACGUAUGGGCCGGCCUUCCACAUUUCCACCAUUUGCAGCACUUAGCCCAACUCAAAUUCUUUCCACUAUGACCUCCUUCCUCCUCCAUCUCCGGUAUCUUGGCUGCUCCGUUUUUUGUUCCCGUUCAACGCUCCGCCGCCGCGCUACCACGCGGCUCCGUCGCUGGCGAACCUCAACUCAGGUGUCGCAGAUUAGUUGAAGAAGAUGUACGAUCAAUAUGUAGAAGAUUGCAAAUGUUUGGUUCAUCAGAUGAAGCAGGAAGAGAAGGACCUUCGGCUGAGAAGAAGGUGGUUGCUGGGUUUAGGUUUAUCACGAAGAGAACAUAAUCACUUAGAGUCACUUAUUCCUCCCAAUGACAAGUUUGUGCCUGAAUGGGUUCUUAGGGAAGAUGAUUUAAGUUAUGAGAGCAUUAAAACAUUUGUUGAAAAGACACAUGGAAUAUGGGAGAAAAAAAGGAAGCACCAUGUGGCUGAAGAAGAAAUACAAGUCUUUGAGUCACCUAAUAAGGAUAUCAUAAAGUAUAUAAUCUCCGUGCUAGAUGAAAUGACCAACAAAGGGCUAUUCUCUCUUACUGAGGUUUUAAACAAUGGUUCUGUUGUUAACUUCCACAAAACACGAAAGAAGAUGAAAAAAAUAGUCAUAGAAUUUCUUCCUAAACUUCUUGAAUGCAAUGAUGACCAAAGCCAAAUAAAACGGAAGCAACUCAAACACCUCCUUACGGAUCCACAGUAUUUUUCCCAGAAUGAAUCCACCCUUUCAAACCCAUCCCAAUCCUUCCGUGCGGUUUGUAUCGAUGUUCUUUCAAGGCUUGAGGAACUGCCUUUUGUGGCACUUGAUGCAAUGCGUCGAAAUCUAAGCGAGGUUAAGGGAUACACUCCAAGAUUGCUACAGAAAAGGAGUGGUUGGAGUCUUAAGAGAUUGAUCGAACUAAUAAGGAGAAAAUCAGAGCAAAUGUUGCGAGAGUUUGGUGAUGCAAAUGAGCCACCAGAACCCUUGGUAAAAGCUUUAGCAGUUGCACAAUUGAUGUUAAAACCAGAUUCAAGAACAUCGUUUUCUAACGUUUCACCUGAUAUAGAGAUGCUGCAAACUGACAUUAUGAGUGCUAUUCAAUUAGUCCAGGACAUAAGGAAGAUAAGUCCGUUAACAUUGAAGAAGUUGCAGGUUAUGCUCGACCCAGAUGCUGAAGCAUCAGAACGAAGUACCCGUUUGCGUACCCCGAUGAAGAAUUUGCUGACUGAAUAUCUUUUAGAGUGCAGCAAUAUGGACACUAUACCAAAGCCUUUGCUAGAAGCUGUUAGAAUUAUUCUCAAUAGGUCAUCUCAGAAGAGUCAAUCACACAGAAUUUUAUCAACUGAGGAGAUACAAGAAGAAGUGAAUCAGUUGCUGAACUUGAGUGCUCAGGCAAAGCAGAUAGUAUGGGACUAUCUUCCAGAAAAUGAAUUUGAUAGCGAUUUCGCUGAAGCUUACAUGGAUGAUGUUGAUGAAUGUUGUUGUGAUGAAUCAGGAGGUUCUGAGAUUCCAAAUUUUAUCUCUGGCCAUACUAGAUAUGGCAGUAAUACUACCAGUGAUAUAUAUUGCCAACCAGAAAGUGUUGGUGAGAACAGUCCAGUUGAUUCUUUCAAAUCACCUGGCUCUUCAAGUCUAGCUGAGAACUGCCCACUUCUCCUUUCACCUAACACACACUCAAGUAUUAAACUGGAACCAAUGCAAAUUACUGAAACAACCUCAGUGCAAAAUGUUGUUGGCACUCGUAGCAUGGAUUAUGGAAACGGGGUUCAGACUCAUCCUCAUAUUUAUAAACGUUCUUUUAAUGGAGGACCAUCAGAGUGUUUUGACAAUGGAAUGAAAGAUUCAAAAGCAGAUUUGGGUUGCAUGCCAAAAUUUCAAGCAUCUUCUCACGAUUCAUCAAAAUGCACCGAUGGUGAGAAAAACAAGUUGGAGAAUGAGUACCUCAUAAUCCAAGAAGCUUGUGAUGAAACAAGCAUGCUUGCUUAUUCAUUGGUUGACCAUGUAUUUAAUGGGGUGAGAAUGUCACAGAUUUCUAAAGUCUCAAAAAGGAAGAGUUUUUGUGAUGAUGGUGUAGGCUCAGUUCUGAUCAGUGCACUUGAACUCUUAAUGCCUUCAUUUCCUACAAGCGAGAAAGAGGAAUUGAAAGUGUUUUUGGGCAUAUAGGAAAGGAUAGAAUCCAAUGACCAAAGCAAAAAUCAAGCAAUGAAAGCCGAGUUAUUUGACGCAGGGCUGGCCUUAUCUAAACAAAUUCAUCUCUCUGCGUUCGAAUUUAGUUCUCCGAUCGUCCCAACCCCCAAAUUUAAGAAAUGGGGUAAAUUCCUUGAAGCAGCUAGGCUGGCUUUUACGUCUUGCGAAGAUUAAAGUUUUGGUUUAUACAAUUUUGUAUUAGCAUUAUCCCAAUUGUGUUGCACCUGGGUUACUAAUAUACAUUUUUACAAUUUACCCCCAAAAAGGAAUGGGGUAAAUUCAUAGGAAAAAGUGUCUUCCCUCCAUUGUUGGCAAUAACAUAAAUGCUCUGUAUACAAGUUCUUCAUGGG